UUCCUCCCUCCCUGUCAGUGAUACUGAGUAACCCAGGCUCAGGUGUGUGCCGGGUGGAACUGCCUUCUCACUGUAGCAAGGAAAGGAGGCACUUGGAAUGCUAUUAAAGCAGUUUUCACUCAGAUCUAGCAUUCUGACACUGGCUAAUCUGGUGAAGGACCCAGGUACAAUGUGUAGUCCCACAAAAACUUGGGAAAGGGAAGGCCAGCAGCAGAUGCAGCGUGGGAGAUCCUCCAGGCUGCUCAGACAGUGAGCACUCUCAUUUCAGGGAGGUUCCUCAAACCUGGGAGAAGCUUUUGGAGGAAGCUGGGCUCCAGUCCCCCUACACGGGUCUGCCUCGAGUGGGUGGAGCCCGCGCCCUCCUGCUCACAUGGCAGUGGUGGAGGCACUGGGGGGAUUUAUUUGCUGGAAGGGGCCAACACAGGCAUCUUUGAAGUAGGGACUGAUCCGUGUAACCACGGGCGGUUCUGCAAAGGCUCCUCGGAGGAGGGCAGAGCACCAACUCCAUGCUCUGGGGGUGAGGUGACGAACCUCCCCUGCCCUUCCCGCAGGUCUGAGCACCACUGGCAUAGCCCAGCACCCACAGGGGCUCGGGGUGGCUCCUGCAGGGCCCGGGGCUGCACAGAGCAACCCCCGCGCACCCCUCCGGCUGCGGGCCGGGACCUCCUUGGAAACGGGCUCCGUUACCAAACACUCUUCCCCUCGGAGCAGCCUGGUUACCAAAUUUACUCAGCGUGGGGCAGCGCUCGCCCUUGGCCGGUCCCCGCAGGUUGACGCGGGGAGAAGGAACAGGAGGUCAUGGCUCAGGACACGUCGGUUCGCCCAGACCUUCACCUGCACUAUGUGCAGGCUUGUCAAAAAUCGGGCCAACCUGAAAACCCCUUCGUUGCUCAUGUGCUUCAAGAAGCUGACAAAAAAGAUGAAAUUAGAUGUACGAAAGGGAUCACAUUAAAAAUAGCUGGAAAUAAUCACCCAGUGCCUGUGCAGAGAGUUACAGAUGAUGAUCUUGGAGUUCUUGCCUCUGUCUUACGCCACGCUGCAUUUGUCAAAGGUUUGGAUCUUGCUUAUAAUGUAUUGACUGAUGCUGGAGCAAAGACCAUGGCAACAUUCCUCCAGGAAAACUCCUCUCUGCAGUACCUGAACCUCAUGUUUAAUGAUGUUGGCACAAGUGGGGCAGAGCUGAUAGCGGGAGCACUUCAUAGGAAUAGAAGUCUUGUGCACAUGAGAAUGACUGGAAACAAAAUAGGAAACCAAGGUGGGAUGUUCUUUGCUUCAAUGCUGCAAAGUAACUCAACCUUGCAGAAGUUGGAUCUUGGAGACUGUGAUCUGGGCCUGAAGUGUCUGAUAGCAAUAGCCACAGCCCUGACUCAGAACAAAUCCCUCAGAGCAAUAAACCUAAAUCGUCCCUUACUGUACAGCCAAGAGGAAGAGACCACAGUCCAUAUAGCUAAGAUGUUGAAGAUCAACUCUUCUCUCGUGGAGCUGCACUUGAGCAAGCAUGAAAUGAAAAACUUUGGUGUAGAGCGACUGUGUGAGGCCCUGUAUGAAAACUCCAGCCUGAGAUACCUUGACCUCAGCUGUAACAAAAUAACUUCUGAUGGUGUAAAAUUUUUGGGAGAGCUGCUAAAACGGAACCAAAGCCUGGUAAUCCUGAAUUUGAAUGCAAACAGAAUAGAAGAUGUUGGAGCCACGUACCUGAGUGAAGCCUUGUCUUUGCACAACAGGACUCUGCAGGCGUUGUCAGUAGUAAGCUGCAGUAUAAGUGGCAAAGGACUUACAGCUCUUUCAAAUGCAAUCAAAGCAAACAUGAUACUUUCUUAUAUAUACAUCUGGGGGAACACAUUUGAUGAAGAUGCUUGUAUGUCAUUUUCAGAGUUAAUUCAGAUGGGUCGCCUGAAUCCCAACUGCACAGACGUGGCCCCGUACGAGGUGGACGGGCAAGCUCAGCUGGCAGAGCUGUCCCACGGCCUCCAGAGGGAAUACUACUGGGCCCCACGGCACAGGGUCGUGGCAGACAGUGCUGCCAAUGCCAGCCUGGGACUUGUAGCUGUUUCAGAGUAUCUGUGAGUGAGGCAGCAGCUCAGUGCACUCCACAGGUCUGAGCUUUGCCUGUCUGGUUUCUAGUAAAAUAAAUAUCAGUGUCAGAUUUGCUUCAUGUUGUUUCUUCAGGUUUAAGUCUAAAAGAAAUCUAAAACUGCUUGAAAUGGCAAAAUGAUAAAAUAUUGAACAAAUGACCUUCAAAUUCAGUGCUAAAUAAUGCCCAGUCUAUGGAGAGUCUAUUACUAUGAAAAAGUUU